AUGAGUAACAAAAGUCAACUUAUUGCCAUCAAGGUCACUAUUGAAAAGGUCCAGAAUGGUCAUCACUCUAGUGCUAAAGAGAAAACCAUUUACGCAAAGAAGGAUUCAUUUUUGAAAAUCAGGUCAAAGGAAUCUUUAACCACUUUUUUGAAUACCGAAUUGCAUGACAUUUUACCACAACUGCUUCAAUUUAUUAAAUAUACUAGAAAGUCAAAGAAGUAUAGGGACUAUAUACCUUUGAAAAAUGAAGAGGAUUUCAAGUCGCUUGCAAGAAGUUUGAAGGUUAAAAAUCACGUGAAAUUGAAAGUUGAAGAUUACUCUCUGGCCGCAACAAUGGAAACAAGCUUCCCUGAGUUUGGCUUGAAGAAAAAAAUUGCCGAUGAUAUCUCGAAAUUUGGAGACGCGUUAAUUGAGAUAGCAUUUGAGCAUUUCAAGGAACUUUUUGGAAAAUCUUUUGAUCCUCCUACUACUAAUUCUAAUACAGCUGUAUUUGGUGCUGCAACAGGAAUUUCCUCAGAUGAAUCAUUGGAUGAAAAGAGUUUUUCUGCCCGCUCUAACACAGCCGCGGCAGAAAACACUGAUGCGCGAAGGGAUUUGGAUUUGGAUUCGGAUAUGGAUUUAAAUUUGGCAGUACACCCCAACAUCUGUUGUGACCAUUGUUCUCCUUUGGAAUUCAAUCCAAUCAAGGGAACUAGAUAUUGUUGUUUAGUUUGUGAAAAUUACGAUUUGUGUUCCAAAUGUGAAGCGGAACAGCAAUCUAAGAGGUUGCGGUAUGGAAAACACUCAUAUGACCACCCAAUGUGCAGGGUCCCAGUACCAACUCCAUUUUUCAAGUCUCCUUCACUUUUUGCAAGGUGCGCACUGGGUAAUGAAAAUGCAUGUAGGUUUGCCUACUCCAAAACAAAUGACAUAAUCUAUGACGUUCCCUUGAAUCAAUGUAAUACAAAGAAUAGAGACAAAUUGUCGGAAUGGUUAAACCUGAAAGGUAUUGAAGGAUUUAUUGCAGAGGUAGACCAACAUAUAGACAAAAGCCAACGUUAUGAUGAGAUUUUGAUGGCAUUGGCUGGUCGUAAAGAUAUAGGUGACAUUGAAAAGAAGCACAAACUAAUCAUGGAUUUAGUUAAGGAGUGGUUGUCGUCGAAUGAAACUAAAUGCAACACUGAGGAUUCAAACUUGCAGGUCAAUGGCUCUAAUCCCGAAGAAAGUAAGGUGAUUGCAAAAUUUUCUAGAAUAGAUAUUUUAGCUGGAAAGAUGAUAUUGAAGUUGGUCAAUAGGUCAGACAAAACCAUUGUAGGAGGAGAUUUGAAAUUUGAAUUGUGUGACUCGACACAUGAUGAGCUUACAUUUGUUAAAAAUGCAAGUGAUCUCAAACCAGGCCAAAUAAAAUUUUACAAGUUAGGUAAAGUCCCCGUUGAUUUUGGCGAUAAAGAUGCCACAUUUAGAAUCCAUAACCCUGAAUUGAUUUUGGAAGGUGUUUUUGAGUGCGAUACUGACAUCAUGCUCUCAGUUCGCAAUAACACUGGAAACAUCAAGAAAGAGAAGGAAAAAGAGAAACAAUGCGCCACAUUAUCAAUUUCUGAGACAAAUGAUCAUACACCACCAUUAAUAACUGCGGCCAUUAGCAUGACUGUGAAGUCGAAGCUCUUAAUUCACCUUGAUGUAUUUAAUCAAUCCAAUGUCACAAUUGAUUCGGAGGAUUUACAAAUCCAAGUACUUGAUAACAACGGUAGAAUAAUGCUGAAGGCUGUUAUUCAAGACUCCAAGGGCAUUGCCAGCGGCAAGACUGCUAAAUACAACCUUACUUUGCAGAAUCAUAUUUUGAAGUAUCCUAUUCAAUUGAUCUUUGAAACCAAGAAACAGAUUGCAAAUUGUGUAUUCACUGAAGAAACAUCAGACGCAAUCUUAACCUUCCAUGAUAAGACAACAACAGACGCAGAUUUAUCAGUAACAUCACAAACAUUUGCACAAGCCCCAACCAGCGAAACUGACAAUAUCUCAUACAAUGAAAACACAGUUUCCUCGGCUUCACUCUCUGGAAGUGCUUCUUUCCACUCAAUAGUUUUGCCAUCUUUGCCCCGCGAAAGCAAAGAGGUGAAGAAAAUCGACACCCAGCAAGAAGAACUUGACAAAUUACAUCAACCUCAAGAAGACGACUACGACAUGUUGGAUACAGAUGACGAGUCGCCAGAUUCCGAUUAUGAAAUUCUUUCUAUCCAUACUUCGCGUUCAGUUUGA